AUGAUCUUAUCUUAUCGACAUCGCCAAGACUUUCUAAUCAGCAAAAUCUUGAAGAGGAGAGAAGAGGAAGAAGAGGAGGAAGAAAAAGAACUCGAGCAAGUCCUGUUGGAAGAGAUAGACAGUAUGGUAAAGCUAGGGAAGUCGUCAAAGCGGACGCCGGUUCGGCUACGGCAUAAGAUCGAAAAAGCCAGUGCCGCAAAGCAGAGAAAAGACCGAAAGCUCGCCAAAAAGAAUCCUCAAUGGCGCUCAAAACUCAAGAAGGAUCCUGGCAUCCCGAAUUUAUUCCCAUAUAAAGAUAGACUCCUACAGGAGAUCGAAGAAAAGAGAAGGAUAAAGGCUGAAGAAGCACAGAAACUGCGCGAGGAGGCGAAGCUACGACGCCAGGCACAAAACGUAGAGGAAGCUGGAGAUGUUGAUAUAACGGAAAAUGCCGAUCUUAUCGACGAUGAGGACGACGAACUGAUAGAGAGUGACGACGAUGAUAUGGAGGUUGAAGGAGAGGAGUCCAACCCUAUGGCUGCACUUUUAGCCUCUGCAAAGGCUCGCGCAGCCGAGUAUGAGGAUCAGCACGGAGACGAGGACAUGGUGGAUGACGAGGAAGACGGUGGGGUGACGUUUGAAGACACGGUGAUACCCACGACAAAAGAAAGCUCACGUCGAGCAUUCGAUAAAGCCUUCAAGGAAGUUAUUGACAGAGCGGAUGUGAUACUUUAUGUUCUUGAUGCUCGAGACCCUGAGGGAACUCGGUCAAAGGAGGUGGAGCGCGAGAUCAUGGCGGCAGACCACGGAUCGAAACGUCUUAUCCUCAUUCUAAACAAGAUCGAUCUUGUUCCUCCGCCAGUGUUGAAAGGAUGGCUGGUAUACCUACGGCGCUAUUUCCCUACGCUCCCCCUCCGAGCGUCCUCUGGAGCUCCAAACGCGCACACUUUUGACCACAAACAGUUGACGGUCAAGGGGACCUCAGAGACGCUCUUCAAGGCCCUGAAGGCAUACGCACAUGACAAGCAGUUAAAACGGGCCGUCUCAGUUGGCGUGAUUGGGUAUCCUAACGUGGGCAAGUCGUCGGUGAUCAACUCGCUGACCAGCCGUGUCACCAGAGGCAAUGCUAACGUAUGCCCUGUUGGCGCGGAGGCUGGAGUUACCACAAGCCUUCGUGAAGUCAAACUAGACAGCAAGCUGAAGGUCAUUGACUCGCCUGGAAUUGUCUUCCCCAACGCCGAAAAGCCCAAGUCAUCUGAGUCUCGAAAAAUAAAGGAGCAAGCUCGCCUCAUCCUUCUCAAUGCUAUACCCCCCAAGCAGAUUUCCGACCCUGUGCCAGCCGUGACACUCCUGCUCAAGAGGCUCUCUGCGUCUGAAGGCCUGCUUUCGAAGAUGCUUGACUUCUACGGCAUCCCUCCGCUGUUCCCAACAAACGGGGACAAGACGACCGACUUUCUGAUCCAAGUUGCCCGCAGGAGAGGCAGACUAGGCAGAGGAGGCACGCCCAAUAUCAACAGCGCAGCCACGACGGUCAUCACUGACUGGAGAGAUGGGCGCAUCCAGGGCUGGCUUGAGGCACCUGCCUUGCCCGUCUCUACCGCCGUAGAAGACGAUGCUGCAGGGGAGAGCAGCGGACCGGCGGCUGAUACAAAGCAGAUAGUGACCGAGUGGGCGAAGGAGUUCAAGCUCGAGGGUCUAUGGGGAGACGAUGCCGUCCCAGAGGAUAAUGAUGAGCAGAUGAAAGAGUAG